GUGUUCGCCAUAAUUGUAUUGGUCAUCGUAAUUCUCGCCGCAGUUGACGUCCUGAAUUGGCUGGAUUUUCUCUAUUACUGCAGCUACAUUAAAUUAUCGAUAACAAUUAUAAAAUAUGUGCCACAGGCACUAAUGAACUAUCGACGCAAAAGUACUUUGGGUUGGAGCAUUGGCAAUAUUUUAUUGGACUUUACAGGUGGAACCCUCAGCAUGCUACAAAUGAUUUUGAAUGCCUACAAUUAUGAUGAUUGGGUGUCAAUUUUUGGCGAUCCGACAAAGUUUGGCUUGGGCUUAUUUUCAGUGCUUUUCGAUGUGCUUUUUAUUCUGCAGCAUUAUGUAUUUUACAGGAAUGCACAACAGCUUUCCAGCUCCACGCUCACCAACGCCACAGAAGUGGAAAAUGGCAAAGAUGGCGAGCAGCGCUAAUCUACUUACUUAGUUCAUAUUUUCUGUGCACAUUGUUUUGAACAAUUUUCACGCAGAUAAUUUCCGGAAGUAUUCUGAGAUAAUUUAUAAAGUGCCCGCAUAUCUAAAAAUGCAUUUAUAUUAAUUUGUAUGUAUGUAUGUGAUUUGAUAAUUAAAUUAAUUUUUAUACUACUUAAGUAAAGUAUGUGUAAUAAUUUAAACAUUUAAGCAAGUAUGUAUAUAAAGUCGAUGUUUUUGCAAAACCGCCCAUCGCCCAAUUGCAAAACCGCUUAUCUUACGGCACUCAAAUUUUACAGGAGAGCGAAAAAUUGAUUUUUCUUUGAAGGCUUUA